UCUCGAUACAAUGGAAAAAGUGCAAUAUCUAUCCGUAAUUCGCUUUUUAUUUUUGGAUGGAAAAACAUGCGAAGAAAUAAAAGCGAAAUUGGAUGCCAUCUAUGGGGACCCUUCACCAUCUAUGACAACCAUGAGAUAUUGGUUCAACGAAUUUAAACGUGGUCGUACAUCUGUUUUUGACGAGGAGCGGCCAGGCCGCCCGGCAGACGUCGUUACCGAGGAAAUCGUUGAAAAGGUCCAUGACAUGAUUCUCGCUGAUCGCCGAACUAAAGUGCGCGAAGUAGCAGAGGCCAUAGGUGUGUCGUACGGAACGGCACUCAAUAUUUUACAUGAUAACUUAAGUAUGAGAAAGGUGUCAGCCCGAUGGGUGCCGCGGUUGCUCACGGUGGACAACAAGCGGAUACGGCUGUCAAUGUCGAAGCAGUGUUUGGACCUCUUUAAGCGAAAUUCGCAGGAGUUUUUGCGUCGAGUCGUCACCACUGAUGAAACCGGGAUACAUCAUUAUACGCCAGAGACCAAGCGACAGUCAAAACAGUUGAUUUUUCUGGGUGAAUCUGCUCCGAAGAAGGCAAAGACGGUCCCAUCGGCCGGAAAGGUCAUGGCCACGAUUUUUUGGGAUUCGAAGGGAUUAAUCCUCAUGGACUUUUUGCAGAAAGGAAGAACGAUCACGGGGCAGUACUACAGUGAAUUAUUGGACCGAUUCGACAAGAAUGUGAAGGAGACACGGCCCCAUUUUGCUAAGGAAAAGUGCUGA